AUACCCCUGACUUCAUCUUACUUUUCAAACAAAAAUCUCUUCAUUUGAAAAUGGGUCGGUUUAAUGUUAUACUCGCGGUUUCACUCGCAUUAACGCUGUGUCUUGUCCCUUAUACCAGUUUGGCUCAGCUUAGUCCGAACCAUUACGCUAACAUUUGCCCAAAUGUUCAAUCCAUUGUGAGAUCAGCUGUUCAGAAGAAAUUUCAACAGACUUUUGUAACCAUUCCUGCUACUCUCCGUCUCUUCUUUCACGAUUGUUUUGUCCAGGGUUGUGAUGGUUCGGUUUUGGUGGCAUCCUCCGGAGGGAAUCAAGCGGAGAAGGAUAACGCUGAUAAUUUGUCAUUGGCUGGUGAUGGAUUUGAUACUGUUAUCAAAGCAAAAGCAGCGUUAGAUGCUGUUCCACAGUGUAGAAACAAAGUUUCUUGUGCUGAUAUUCUUGCUUUGGCUGCUAGAGAUGUUGUUAAUCUGGCUGGUGGACCAUCAUACACAGUUGAACUGGGAAGAUUUGAUGGGUUGGUUUCAAGAUCUUCAGAUGUAAAUGGGAGGCUGCCUCAGCCAGGGUUCAAUUUGAACCAGUUGAAUGCUCUGUUUGCAAGCAAUGGACUCACUCAAACAGACAUGAUUGCCCUAUCAGGUGCACACACUCUUGGAUUCUCUCACUGCAACAGAUUCUCCAACAGAAUCCAAAAUCCAAUAGACCCAACGUUGAACAAACAAUACGCAGCCCAGUUACAACAACAGUGUCCUAGAAACGUUGAUCCAAGAAUAGCCAUCAACAUGGACCCAACAACUCCAAGACAAUUCGACAAUGUUUAUUACCAGAAUCUUCAACAAGGAAAAGGUUUAUUCACUUCAGACCAAAUCCUCUUCACUGACACAAGAUCUAGGGCAACUGUUAACUCUUUUGCUUCUAGUGGUAACGUUUUCAACGCCAAUUUUAUUACUGCUAUGACUAAGUUGGGUCGUGUUGGGGUUAAGACUGCCAGGAAUGGGAAGAUUCGUACUGAUUGUUCUGUGCUUUGAUUGAACAACGAGUGUGGUGGUGAUUAGAUUAUUUGUUGAUUGUUGUUGAUAAAUUUGUUUAUGGGUAAAUUAAGAGUGGUUUGGAGAUGUUUAAAAAAAGGCAUUUGAGGGGAGGGAAUAAGUUGUGUUUUUUUUCAUGUAAUGUUUUUAAUAAUUCAUGUCAACAGGAUACAUGAACUUUGAGUUGUUUACUAAAAAUGAAAAUAAGUGUGGCCAAAAUGUAAAUUAAUUUAUGUUAAUUUUUGUAUUGAAUACUUUUUUAC